AUGAGCAAACCCGAGCUCAAAAAACUUUGCGCGGCCCUCGGCAUCUCGGUUAGCCUUGGCACUAGGAGUGCAACCGUGGACAUCCUCGCGCAACGCCUCGCCGAUUUCCACGCUGGUGGUGCACCACCACUGUCCCGCAAAGUAAAGGGGGCUUGGAGGGCAGAUGUACAGGCCAUGUACUCUCCAGGCUUGCCUUCAACCAGCGCCUCAAGCUCGCAUAAUUUAGUCUCCAUCCCCAGCCCGAAUGCUCUCCACCUGGACCUCGGUCCUUCAGCGGACCACAUCUCUCUCCACCAAAUGGGCCUCCUCGACAGUGAUAUCAACGAGCAGAACAACGCACGCGACAACCCCCAUUCCAGCAGUUGA